UAAACGAAUAGUGGGUCAGACCUGCUGACUCUGUCAAGAAUUAGGUGUUGUGCACUCGGGGAUUAGUCCAAAUAAGCUUCCCUCGUCUGCCUCACUUGACAUGUCUUGAGGGCGAAUGCCGCCCGCCAUUUGGGCAACUUUAGGCAGACUAUGGACAGGAUUUGUUACCUAUUAGUUAUAGUUUUGCUUCACAUUCCAGGGUAUGAAAGCUUUUCUCAAUGUUUGCGGGGGUGUAGCUGUAUAGAAGACCGUCAUGGAAGGUCUCUCAUAUGCAUGGAGGAGAAUGCGUUCGGGGCCAUACCAGAGAACAUUCCUCAUGAUAUGACCAAAAUCAGAAUAGAAAAAUCACACUUCACUGAAAUCAGGCGUGGGGCUUUCUUCAGAACGCCCGCCUUAGAGAACUUGUGGUUGAACUUCAACGACAUCACCCUGAUCGACUCGAAGGCCCUGGAAGGUUUGGGCAACCUGACCGAGCUCCGCCUGCAAGGGAACAAGUUGCGCUCCAUGCCAUGGACGGCGUUCGAGGACACCCCGGGUCUAAGGAUCCUGGACCUGAAGCACAACCAGCUGGAUGUGCUGCCGGAACACGCGUUAAAAAAUUUGCCAGAUCUGACUUACUUAGACUUAUCCUUCAAUCGGCUUACGGUCAUAUCCAAGGAGGUCUUCCAAAACUGGCCCCUAUACCAAAAGAUGCAGAGCGCAGAGCAGCAGGAGGGGAGCUCCUCCGGGCCGAACGUCGUCCUGGCGCUCCACGACAACGCCUGGCUGUGCGACUGCCGCCUCAAGGGCUUCGUGGAGUUCAUCCGCUCCCUCAGCCCCCCGAUUAUUCUGAUGAACUCCUACUUGACCUGCUCCGGGCCGGAUUUUAGGGCGGGCAAGUUCUUCCAUGAGGUCGAGCCGCAGGCCUGCGCGAAGCCCGUGGUCACCACCCCGUCGGCCAACGUCAGCCUGCCGCUAGGCGCCAACGCCACGCUGCGCUGCCUCGCCAAGGCCCGGCCGGAUCCUGCGGUGUGGUGGACAUAUGGUCUGAAGAUAAUCAGAGGAUUUCAUGAGUCUCAGGAGAGAGUGGAUGAAGACACAAUCAGAUCUGUCCUGGUCAUCCCUUCGCUCCACGCAGCCGACCGCGGCGUCUACACCUGCAGCGCCGUCAACUUCAUCGGAAACUCCUCGGCGAACAUCCACGUGGACGUCGUCUCUCCCGACGGCUCCUGGUCGCCUUCCCUUUCCAGCUUACCGGCAGAUGACGAGAACGUCUACAUCGACAUUCGUAUCGCCAAACAGAUGGUGCGCGGCAUCUCCAUCGAGUGGUUCGCCGUCUUGGAUCGCCCCGACCAGACGUGGUUCACUAUCCAUUUGGGCCGUGCCAACGCCAAAAAGAAGGAGACCGUCUACAUCGGCCCGGGCAUCCUUUCCUACUCCGUCUCCGACCUGAUGCCCGCCACCAAAUACGAAAUCUGCGUGACGCUUAAGAACCAGACGCCGCGGCCUGGCCAGUGCGUGGUGUUCGUCACCGGAAGCGACAUCACCGAGAUGGAGCAGCGGGAGAAGCUGAUCCACAUCGUGGUCAUCAUCCUCGCCAUGGUGCUUGCCGUGCCCGUCGGCAUGUACGCCUGCACCGCCGACGUAAAGUUCACCUGCCCGCAGGGCCUGAUGGCGUUUUGGAAGAAGCGGCGUGGCGAGAGGGGAUCGGCCGGGUUGGAGCGCGAGAGGCAAGGAACCUUCGACAGCCUGCAGGCAGCCAGCGACGAGGCCCUGGUCCGGAAAGAGUCCAGUGAGGACAGGAAGGGCGGGAGGUUUGUUGAAAAGGUGUGAUUGCUCACCUUUUUGUCAAGAUUGUUAUUCAAGGGAUUGCACCAGUGUAGAGAUGUACUUCAUGAUUUUCUCUUUCUGAAUUCAUCCUGUUAUUAUUCAGUAUGUUUAUUGUUGUUGCUGCCUUUGCGACCGAAUUGGGAUACGUAGCACAUUUACUGUUUCUACAGCGGUUAUUGUACACAAUUUUGUGUUAGCACGUUAAAGAUUCAUGGAAUCGUCAUUUGUAGCGGGGGAUGCGUUCCAGAUCCACCUGCGAUAUAGAGAGACCAUAUAAGAAACGUAUUAAAACACACUUAAAUGUAUUAAAACAACACUUUUAUAACAUUUUCCUUGGCACUCGUUCUCGCUCUCUGACUCGCUCAUCAGUGGUCCAAACAAGGGGAAAAAAAAGUUUUAUUUGUCACUCCCAGUUGACGUUUACGAUAACACUGACCCAUAAAAUAAACAAAAUUAAACAUUGCAUAUGUAAACACCGAAAUGUUCAAACAAACCGAUUAAAUUAAGUGAAACAAAACUCCGCUAGCUUAAUGCUAACAUAUAAUGGGAGACGUCAUAGAUCGGCUCAAUGUUAGGCAGAAAAUUGAGUGUUAUUCAACCUUGUAAACACCAGAUGCUUUUUCGAUACAGCUGUCGAUAUUUGUUGCUCGUAUCCAAAAAAAAUCAACACAAUUUAGACACACGUCUUUUGUUUGACGGCGAUGAUGCAUUUUUUUUGGUCCCAUAAUCUUGUAUGAACCUUAUCAUAUGAUUGGAAAUUAUUUAUUGAGCUUGCACUUUGCCAAUUCAUUCCAAUGCAAUAAUUGUCAUGAAUAAAGAUUUAAUUUUGUCUAUUUUUUUUCCUCACACAAUAUAUACAAGAGAUGUUUUACGAGGAACUCAUAUUGUUUGAAUAUAUAUAAUAUUCAUAAAUCAUCCCCAAAAUGACAGGUCUUGAAACAAACAUGGCUGCAAUAUUGCCCCAUAACAAUAUUAAAAAUGUCAUUCACACAAAAAAGAACAUUUUGUCCAAAAUCCAACAAAACUCUCAGAAACCUCUUGUGUAUAUUUCUUUGAAUCAAUUAUGUGCUCAUGUAAAAUAUAUUCUUUAGAAAGAUAUUGAAAUAAA